CAGCUCACCUAAAAGGUCAUUGACCGCGCUGCUUCCUGUUAAUUCUGACAUUCGUUUUGAUUACUCUUCUAAUUGUUUUUUUUUUCUUUUCCCUUACCACUUAUGAAGAAGGAGGCUUGAUUGUGUGAUAUUUAUCAGUUGGUGCCCUCACAAUGGCCCCUCGAUACAAAGACGGGGAUGUGGUCGUGGCUUUUUCCGGAAGCUGGAUUGCAUGGGCGCAUACAUUUUUUGCCUACGCUGCAUUUAUUGGCGCAUUGAUCACUGGAGUGUCACUUCAUUAUCACAAAAUUGUUCAGAAUGAGCAUUACGGUUAUCCCGAAGAAUGGUUUCCCUCCGUGUCCGCAACAAUCGGAGACAGAUAUCCUGAACGUUCUGUCUUCCAAAUAUUCAUUGCCAUCACUUCUGGCGCUCGGUUUGGCCUGGUCUUUUUAUGGUAUCUCUUGACGGCCCGCCCGAAUUCAACUCUGCCCAAAGUCAUAUUCUGGACUGGAAUUUUUCGCACUCUCACCUGUGGUGGCUGGACGUACAUUACGUCUACGGACGAUCACGACUGGCACGACAUAUUCAUGAUUUCCUACCUUGUCGCGACAUUGCCAUGGACUCUCGGAUGCCUGGCCCUUAGUCCGAACAACCCGAAGGCUGUUAAAUACAGGAAGAUUCUGGCAUCCUUGUUCUUUGGUACUUUGGUGCCGCUCAUCUACUAUUUCAUUCAACAUAAGGUCCACAAAGUGCCCGGAGCGUACACGACCUACGCCUUUUUUGAGUGGUCGUUGAUCUUGUUCGAUGUUGCUUUUGACGCAGUCACUGCCCUCGACUUUGAAGGAUUCGAGUUGAUAGUCAAGGAUGUCAAGGGAACAAGCAGAGCAUAUAAACAAGCCGUUGCGGAUACUUUUCUCGAAAAAGAGAAAGACAAGCCUGUUGGUCAAGUCUUUGGAAAAGGUUUCCUCUGGGCGGAGGCAUUCGAUGCAAUUGCCGACGCCUUCAACGGUUAUGUGUUUUGGUCCAUGUUGACCUCGCUCGGACUGCUCGUGUGGUACUUUCCACUGUGGCAUAUGGGAAUUUCGGGCUAUGAAGCCUUUGUCAUGAGCACUGCCUCUCCCUUUUUGCUAGGAAUCCGCCCUCUCCGAUCGCUGGUCAUCCGCAAUAUUCGAACUGUCCAUCUGAUUUCCCUUACCGGUCUUUUAGCAUUUCUUGUCGUAAAACCAGAGUUCAGACUUUUUGCAGUCGGAUUUGGUGUAGCGACUUCCUGCCUUGCUUGGGCAGCGACAUGGUACGCUGAGCGCUCACAGCCAGCAAGGCUCGAGGCUCGAAUUUGUGCCUGGAGCAUUGGUUUGAUUGCCUCUAGUGUCGCGAAGUUUGCUUUCUGGACGAAUAAUCCUAUUUGGCCGACCUUGCAUGCUGGAAAUGGCGGCUGGAAUAAGCUCGGAUUCGUCCUCGCCGUCCUCGCCGUUAUACGAUCUACCCGUCGGCCGCUGGGCAAUGGUAUUGAGCUCCCAACGACCGAGAAACAGGUGAAGGGGUCACCAACCUUGGCAGCGUUGGGCCUUGCGGGCUCCUUCUUUGCGCUGCACUCACUCCUCUCCGAUUCUAGCACCAUGAUUUUGUGGGUCUGGGAGGGUUAUCCUGUGCGCGGACCUCUUGCCGUGCCUCAUGGAGCUUAUACCAUUCUUGCCAUGGGACUCGGUCUAUUGAUCGGUCUCUUCUAUGAUGGGUUUUCUCGAAGCUGGACGUUCUUCGGUAUUGGAGCGAUCGGCGCAGCGAUCCUGACUGCUUAUGAUAAUUGGUUCGGUUACUACGGAGGAUUUGUGCUUGCAAUCUAUGUCAUGGCCGUUACUCCCAGCUUGAUCAUUUCCGCCGUUAGGCAUUCGCCUGGAACCACAUUCGGUCUAGGAUUUUUGAUUUACAACAUCAUGGUUUUGGCUCACGUGUGGGUUGUGGCAUACGCCUUUGUUCCUGGUGGUCCGCUUAUGCGAGAACACACCGACUGGGUCGUGACUGCAAUGAUGCUCUUUAUUGGCGCUGGUGUUUAUUCUGCGCUGGCGCCAUCCAGCUCCCGCUCAAAGGCCUUCAGCAAGCCCCCACAGACGAUACCGCGCAAACAGCGGUCAUACUACCUCUAUGUUUUGCUAGCUUUGCAGCUCCUUUCAGCAUCGGUUGCUUAUCUUCGUUUUCCCUCAUACGACUACACGCCGUACCACAAGGACGAAAAGCUCGUGACAGCAGGAAUCUGGACCAUACAUUUCUCUUUGGACAAUGAUAUGUGGACGGCGGAGCGACGUAUCCGGGACCUAGUCAAGGAAAUGGAACUGGACGUUGUUGGAUUCUUGGAGACCGACUUGCAACGAAUCAUCAUGGGAAACCGAGACUUUACCCAAUACUUGGCUGAAGAUCUUGGCAUGUACGUGGAUUACGGCCCUGGACCCGACAAGCACACUUGGGGCUGUGCACUCCUAUCCAAGUUCCCCAUUGUCAACUCGACGCAUCACCUCCUUCCGUCACCUGUUGGGGAGCUUGCUCCCGCCAUCCAUGCUACGCUUGACAUGUAUGGGGAGAUGGUGGAUGUUGUUGUCUUCCACUCUGGCCAGGAAGAGGAUCCAGAGGAUCGACGUCUGCAGACUGCGUACUUGUCCCAAUUGAUGGGCGAGUCAUCUCGGCCGUUGAUUCUUCUCAGCUAUCUUGUGACUGUGCCUCAUCAGGGCAACUAUAACACAUACGUGAGCGAGCUAAGCCAUAUGAAGGACAUUGAUCCGAGUGACCUUGAUCGAUGGUGUGAGUAUAUCCUUUACAAGGGACUGCGACGGACAGGAUACGCGCGAGUUAGCCGAUCAACGAUUACGGAUACAGAGCUUCAGGUGGGCAAAUUCGUCGUGGGUGAGAGCGAAGGCUCCGAUAUCGUGGUUCCCGAGGAUCAAGUGUCUCCGGGUCUUCGUUUCCCGAGUCUAUUCCGCGGCGAGGGCGUUCGGGGACAUCGUUAUCAUGUCUUUGAUGAACCCAGAUAUUAUGAGUAAAAUAAGGUGUAUAGGGCAAAGGAAAAAGGAGACGUUGGUGUUUGUAGCAUAAAAAAAAAGACGUUUAGUCAUUUGCACCAUCACAAGAUAUCAGACAGCACCCCAUUUUGCAUUUUGCAUAUCGCAUUUGCUUAAUUACUAGAUACAUUCGGAAUGCUCCAUUUCUUCACAAGGCAGACAGUUGUG